AGAUCAGUCCACGUCGGCGUCAUGGUGGCAGCAGGACACGGUGAAUACGGCGGAAAUUGCGGACAAUGCAGAUUUUUUUUCGUCGAUGCACGGUCUGGUACAGACCCAUCCUAGUCUGGCGCUAAAGGAUAACGUAAAUAAUGUCCGAUUUAAUCCGACAAGAUCGCAGUUGCCAAAAGCGAGCGGAUCGAAGCAUUUAGAUUAUAGGACGUCCGCCACCGCAGAAUUGAGAAGAAACCCUAAUUUGUCUGCACCGGAUGAGUGCGCCAGAGCUUGUCGAGAAGGAGAACCGCCGAGGAUAUGUUACUACCAUUUCACUUUGGAGUACUAUACUGUUUUGGGAGCCGCUUGCCAAGUGUGCACGCCGAACGCGACCAAUACGGUAUGGUCCACUUGCCAAUGUAUUCUAGCGGAUGGUGUCGAACGAGGCGUCUUAGCGGCUAAUCGUAUGAUCCCCGGUCCCAGUAUACAAGUAUGCGAGGGUGAUAAGGUGGUCGUAGACGUAGAGAAUCACAUGGAGGGUAUGGAAGUGACAAUCCAUUGGCACGGCGUGUGGCAGCGGGGCAGUCAAUACUACGAUGGUGUUCCAUUCGUAACACAGUGCCCCAUUCAGCAAGGGAACACGUUCAGAUAUCAAUGGAUCGCAGGAAACGCCGGCACUCACUUUUGGCACGCGCACACUGGUCUACAAAAAAUCGACGGUCUCUAUGGAAGCAUCGUAAUCCGGCAAGCUCCCUCCAAAGACCCCAACAGUCAUUUAUACGACUUUGAUUUAACAACGCAUGUUAUGCUUCUGAGCGACUGGAUGCACGAAGACGCCGCCGAACGGUUUCCCGGACGUCUCGCAGUGAACGUCGGACAAGACCCCGAAAGUAUGCUUAUCAACGGCAAGGGUCAAUUUAGAGAUCCCAACACCGGAUUCAUGACCAACACCCCAUUGGAAGUAUUCACGAUAACACCUGGUCGAAGAUAUCGAUUCAGAAUGAUUAACUCAUUUGCAUCAGUAUGUCCUGCUCAAUUAACAAUUCAAGGACACGACUUAACGCUAAUAGCAACCGACGGCGAGCCGGUACAUCCUGUUCGAGUGAACACAAUCAUAUCCUUCUCAGGUAUGCCCUCCGUAACGCAGCUUGCCCACUUUCCUACGCUUAUUUUUGCAGGUGAGCGGUACGAUUUUGUCAUCAACGCCGAUCAACCUGAGGGCGCUUACUGGAUUCAAUUGAGAGGAUUAGGCGAAUGCGGUAUCAGGAGGGCGCAACAACUAGCCAUCUUGAGAUAUGCUAGAGGCCCUUACCAACCUGGCACUCCUGCGCCAACCUACGACUUUGGAUUGCCCCAAGGAGUGGUGCUAAACCCACUCGACGCCAGAUGUAACCAGCAACGGACUGACGCCGUCUGUAUAAAUCAACUGAAAUUUGCAAGAGAUAUAGACCCCGGUAUCCUUCAAGAACAUCCAGAUGUCAAAAUCUUUUUGCCGUUCCGUUUCCACGUAUACACCCCCGAGGAUCUCUACACGCCGAACACUUACAACAGACAUUUAGUUGCUCCAAAUGGCGAUCACGUUAUCAGUUUGAUCGACGAAAUCUCCUACAUGGCACCACCAGUACCGCUCAUUUCUCAGUACGAUGAUAUAGACCCCGAACAGUUCUGUAACGGCGAUAAAAGGCCGGCGAACUGCGGACCGAACUGCAUGUGCACGCAUAAAGUGGACAUACCCCUCAAUGCCGUUGUUGAAGUGGUACUGGUCGAUGAAGUACAACAACCCAACCUUAGCCACCCCUUCCAUUUGCACGGCAGCGCGUUUAACGUAAUUGGCAUGGGUCGCUCGCCCGAUCGAAACGUAAAGAAAAUCAAUCUAAAACACGCCUUGGACCUGGACAGGCAAGGUUUGCUCCACCGACAGUUCGAUCUUCCACCCGGCAAAGACACAAUAGCAGUACCAAACAAUGGUUACGUCGUACUUCGAUUUAGAGCAAGUAAUCCAGGUUUUUGGCUUUUCCACUGUCACUUCUUGUUCCACAUAGUGAUAGGUAUGAAUUUAAUUCUACAAGUCGGUACUCUGGCCGACAUACCUCCGGUACCACCUAAUUUCCCAACCUGCGGGGAUCACUUACCCGAGAUUAAUUACAAUUUCAGCGACAAACUCUUAUAACUGUUUAUAUCGUAACUAUUUUCAUAUUGUAAAUUUUCCCCUUGCUCUUUUCACCUGUGUGUAUUUAUAUUGUUUUUGUUAUUAAGUAUAGACUCAAUGGUAUCAAACGCCAUAUUACGUAAGGUAAGUGUUCGUGUAUCAUGCUUUCAUUUCUGAUUUUGGGAUGUUUUUGAGUUUUUUUUUGUAUUUUUAUUAAUAUUGGUGCUACACUCUAAUAUGAGAUGCGCACGAAUGUCUGUAUAUAGAAUAAUUUCUUUGGAAGCCACAUCACUCGUUGUAUAUAACUGUGUAGAGUUAGUAGGUAAACUUUAAGGUACUUGAAUAUUUGAUCAUUACCUAGUAAUUGUAAUUAUUGUAGGAAUCAUUCCCUUUAAUUCCCCCUUACUCGUUGUAAAAUAAUUUCAUCGAUUACUUUUCGUUUUACCAUUUUUGCCAUUCUUUUUCAAUUAAUUUAAUCGAAUCUACCACAAAUCACAGACUGUCCCAUAUGAAAAUAGAUGUUUAAGGUUGUCCUAGUCUUUAAUAAUUUUCAAAAAUCGACGUAGUUUAGUAUGUGAAUGCUACAUGCCGUUAUUUUUGUAGAUACUAUUUGUUUAG